AUGGUUUCUGGGUGCGCCAAGAAUACACUUCAGUGUCUUACAAACGUGCAGUACCGAGAAACGUCAGAACGUCACUUCACUUUCAGGCAGAGGCAGAGGCAGAGGCAGAGGCAGAGGCAGAGGCAGAGGCAGGAGCAGGAGCAGAAGCAGAAGCAGAAGCAGAAGCAGAAGCAGAAGCAGAAGCAGAAGCAGAAGCAGAAGCAGAAGCAGAAGCAGAAGCAGAAGCACUGCUUCAAACCAGACACUGCAACUAGCUAA